AUGGUGUCGCUCACGACAGUAUCGCCGUCAUCCUUCAGACGGCCUUCUCCUAACCAAGGAUCUGCUGAUGCGAUUCCAAUCCUUGUCAAUGGUACUUAUCAUCUUUUCCAUCUGACAACACCACCUCAUACUGUUCAUCAUCCUGAAAGACUUCGUUCAUAUUGGUCGCAUCUUCGCUCCAACGAUUUGAUUCAAUGGACUAGAGAUAGCUCUCCAGCCAUUGUUCCAGAUGAGAAGCCAGCAAAUUAUGACUCUGAUGGUGCAUGGACUGGCUCAGCAGUUAUUGGACCUGACGGAAACAUGUACAUCUUCUAUACGGGAUAUAAUCUGUCCCAGGAUGGCAAACAAGUAAUCAUUCAUGCGGCAUCCUCCGAUAUGGAAGGGUCAUCAUUCGGGAAAUAUCCAGAGCCGAUCUCCAUAAGCUCUGAGACAGUUGCCAACCUCGCAUCAUUCGAGGAUAUUGAUUUCCGUGAUCCAUAUGUACUUUUCAAUGAGGAAGAGCGACAGUAUUGGAUGCUGGUGGCCACACGCCUCUCCGAAGGCCCGUAUUGGACCAGAGGAUGCCUUGCACUUUUGACAUCGACGGACUUGAACACCUGGCAUUUAGAGCCAGAACCCUUAUUUGCUCCAAAUGACAUGUUCUGCCCUGAAUGUCCAGAGCUCUUCACACUCCCUAAUGGUAAAUGGUACCUCGUUUACUCGCGAUUUGCUUCUCCUCAUGCCGGUACGGUAUAUCGAGUGUCUGAUACACCGCGUGGUCCCUUCCGGAAGCCCAAGGAUGGAUCUGCCGGGCGUUGGGAUGGGAGAAGAUGGUACGCGGCAAAGUCCUGCCCCAAGGCCGGAGAUCCAUCAAAGCGCGUGUAUUUCGGUUGGAUAGCCGAUCGCUGCGAGGUAGACAAGAAAUGGAUGUGGGGAGGUGAUAUGGCCUACCCGCGACAGGUAUCUGCUGCACCUGAUGGAUCUCUUAGAAUUGAGCCAAUCGAGGAGAUCCUGUCAGAGUACUUUUGCUCGGAACCAAUUUUCCAGCGUUCCUCUGUCAAAUUAAACUCUCAUGGAGCAGUCAAGAAACAUUUUCUCUACCCAGCAUCACCUGAUUCCGGUGCAAAUUCGCCCUUGUCGACCUUCAUGUCUUUCAAGUUCUCCUCGAGUGACGCAGCAUCAUUCGGUGUCCUAUUUUACGCAGAUUCAGAUCUUGCCGGAUAUUGGCUGCGUUUCACUCCAACGCAGACUGAAUCAGGAAAACCACUCUUUUCUAUCUCAUUGUCUCUGUGCCCUCCUUCCCUCGAUGACUUUUGGGCCGACCAGUACAAACUGUACCUCCCUCGAGAAGUUGAUGGUCAUGAGCUGGUCCGACACGAUAACGUCUCAAUUGGUGAAGAUGAACCUGUGAAAGUUCUUAUGAUAGGAGAUACCCUGGAAAUUUUCGUGGGUGGGAGGGCGAUUAGCUAUCGUUUUCAACCAAAAAGUUACGACGAUAAAGGGGGAAGCCUGAGAUACGGGCUGUUCGUGGAUGAUGGAGACGUCACUUUCAGGUCCUUUUUCUCCAUUGUUAGUAAAUACCUGUGA